CUCUUUUCGGCUCUUUCCGACACGCUCCGUCCCCUCUGUCCCCUUUGCUCUCGGGCGACUCUGCCUUCGGGAAACAUCGGCUGCCUCCGCCGAGCCCAACGCCCUUCAGUUCCUCCCUUCGGCAAACAUCGGCUCGUUCCGUAACUCCCCUCCCUCUUUCCUCCUCCUCCUCCCAUCGGCUGGCCCGCCUCGCCCGCCGCUCCCGAGCGCUACCUGUCUUCGGAAAACAUCGGUUAUUUCCGUAGAGAUGUUGUCACGCUCCGCGCCACGUUCGGAAGCGCUCGGCUAUUUCCGUCACCCCUCAGCCGGGCGGCUCCCAGGCGCUGCCGGCCGGAGCAGCCGUUGGCCGGGCGCGGGCGGCUGAUUGGCCGAGGGCAGCGCUCGCCGGGCCGGGCCGAGCCGUGAGGGAGCCGGGCCGAGCCGUGAGGGAGCCGACAGGGCGGGAACGCCAGGCAGAAGGCUGUUGCUGAGAGGCAACUUCAGGGAGCAGUGACAGAGCUCAGGGAGGAUGACUCAGCAGGGAGCUGUUCUUCAGGGUUAUAAUAACGAGCUGGUGAAAUGCAUUGAAGACUUGUGUAUGCAGAAAGAAGAGCUGAACAAACAAAUCCAGCAAGCAGAAGAGGAAAAAAAUAAACUCCAGCAUGAAAUCCAAGUCCUGAAUGAACAAUUGGAGUGUGUAUGUGAAAACCUGGCCCAAAAGGUAGCUUCGCGGAAUGAGCUUGAUAAAAUUCUUGCUGAAACUGAAGCUGCUUACAUGAAGAUACUGGAUAGUUCUAGAACUUUGCUUAACGUCUUGAAGAAGGAAGUGGGAAGCUUAAAGCAUAUGCCAGAACUGAAAACUAAUGUAACGUGAAACGGUCAAAUGUUUGGACUCCACAGUGCUAAAAUUCCACUAGCAACUUCACCCAGCUUUCUGCAGUCGCUGUGUGUUACCGACGUGUCAGGGCAGCUCCUUCCAGUCCAGCCUCAACCUGAUCUGCAGGUGUUUGGAGCAAGGGCUGGUUUGGAGGCUGAGCUCCGGAGCUGGAAGCCCCGUGGGACAGCAGGGAAAGGGAAGGCUGAUGGCUCCUGGGAGAGAACGCAUCCAGCAGUGGUACGUGGCCCCUCUUCUGCCAGAGCAAACAUCAGCUUAGCAUGCUGCUUCCCAAAAUUGGGAAUGUUAGAGGAACAAGCAAUGGCAAAGCAGGGGCAGUUUGGGGCUGAGAAAAGGUCAUGGAGAUCUCCUAACGUCACAAUAUAUUCAGCCCAUGGAAAUGAAUACAGGAAAGGGAAAUGGCAAAAUGAGCCAAGAGAAGGGUUUUCUGACAUUUACAGAGCUUUCUUUGGAGUCUGAAGGGCCUGAAGUCCAGCUGGAGACUGAAGAUGGGAUUUAGAAAUGGAAUGAUUUAUCAAACUGGAGCUAAAGAUAGAUGUAAGUAUGCUGUAUAAAGGGCAGGAGGAAGAUGUUUUAGUAAAAGUGCCACUGAAAAAGAGAGGAUAAACUGCUGAGAACAUCCAGAGAGAUCAAGAGAAAUUUUCCUGAGAGGAGAAUGUCCCAAGAACUGUCAAAAUUGUCUCAUUUUUAAAUUUGUUUUAUUAAAAAUAUAUAAAUACAGUAUCUGACAUCAAGAAUAAUUUAUCACAAUACAAAUAAAAUAAUUAAAUCCUUAGUAAAAUGAAGAUUAAUUUUGAUGCCGUUCCGCAACUAUUCUUAACAAACGUUUUUAAUUUGACGCAAACAAUAGCAAGGAGGCUUUGGGGGUGUCGUAAUACGGGAUCUAGACCUGAAUGAUUAGUUUCAGUCAUCACAGCGAGGGGACAGUAAAGAGGGAACAUGACAAAAAUAUAGAAAACAAUGAGUAGGACUGCACAUAAUUUUGCUCUUGUAUUUCUGUAAUAAAUCUCAUGGUUGUCUGUGGUUUGCUUAAAGCUUCAGCUCCCAGAUUCGUGUAGUAAAUAAGGAUCUAAGAUUUCAUCACAGAGAAACAAAUUUCUAGUUCUUACGAUUGCAAGAAGACUUAAACUAAUACAGAGCAAGAGAAGGAACUGAGACACAUCUUUUAAGAGACGAGUUUGUAUGAGUUUUCAUUCAAAAACUAAAAUCUACCUUCUUACUCUAAAAAAAAAGGCAUAAAGCUGAGAGUGGAUCCCUGCUGUUGGGGCUCAGGUGGGUAUUUGUAGCGUGAGAGUUUCUCAGGCCGACGCUGCGAAGCCUCAUCUCCCGUCCUUUUCUCUCCUCGGCAACAUUCUCUUAGAGCCUUGAAAACAGCUUUCCUCUGCCCUCUGUCUUACUUGCUUUUUCCUUCAGCGGAGCUGACGAGCCCAGCGUCUGAUUUCAGUUCUGAUCUGGAACAGCUCCAGGGGCGUGCACCAAGCCAUCUCCUGACAGAGUCAGGACUAUUGUUCUCCCUGCCCGCGUCCCUCCCGCAGCAGCAGCCAGCAUUGUUCCUUUUUAUGUGCUUCCCUCUCGCUGCAAACCAGCGGGGCUCGCGGCAGAGGGACGCAGCUCUCCUCAUUAGAGUAAUUAGGCUGAUUUAUGAGAGGGCGACAGAGUGAAGGAGAGCUCCUUCUGCAGCGUUCACCGCUGGAGGCUGGGCCACCACACUGGCUCCUCUCCCACCCCCAGGCAGGCUGCAGGGCCCCCAGCUCUCCCACCUUUCCAUCUCAGAUACCCGCAAAAAAGGCUUUUUUCCUUCACAGGGUGUUCUUCACAAGUUGUAUGUUCUAAGGUAAUACUGAAGGUCUAAUUAAAAUAAUAAGGGAAAAAUCACAUUGGACCCUUCCAUAGCAUUAACUAAGUGGAAAGCUUGGCUCAUAAACUGCUCCUCAAGCAAGUUCACUGUGUCACUGAAAUAGCAAGAGCUGGUGCAGCUUCGUUCCUCUCCUGCUCUGUGGAAGUUUUCCAUUACUUUUAGGCAAGGCUUAUGUAUGAGGAGUUACGGCAUUUCCUUCUUCCUGGGAAAAUGUUAUGAGUAUCCUUUGUCAUCCCAUUUCCUUGGUAUCUUUAUGGCAAAAUACAGCGUGUACCUGGAAAGUUCUCCUGCGCACUGGAAGAUCCAUUUGAAAUGCACAUAGACAUAUUUAAAAACACAUUUAAGCUUUUGAAAAUGUGUUCUACAAGAAAACAGCGAUGCCACAAAACACCAUUGGCAAUUCUGCCUGUUGUGUUUCUGCCUGGCAUCAAAUCCAACACCAAACUUGCAAAAGCUGCCAGCUGCUUCCACUUCCCCGUGCGCUGACUGUGGCCACCUUUAGGAAAGAAACCGUGCCCGUGGCUUGUCUUUGCUGACGGGAUGGCAUUCCGAGUGCCUGAAAGGUGACUAAAUCAUUUUGGGAAUCGCCCCCCUGGUCUGUAAGAAUAUUUUUUUGUUUGGGAGCGGAUUGAUGGUGCCAGAGUUUCAAGAGGAGUUACUCCUACGCGAUAGCCCUCCACCUUGGAGACUCCAUGAAAAGCCUCAAUGAACCUGAAGAGCUCCCGGCGUAACCGAGCCAGAGAAGGGAAAGCAAUCAAGGAAUGAAGUCUAUAUUGCAAACUAAUAUGAUACAUCUUAUUGCAUUUGUAAUUGCCUGUAACAAAAUGCCUCAUACCAGCCACAGGAAAAAAAAAGUCAGCAUCCAACGUUUUCUGCCACCUUCACAUGGUCCCAGAUGCUCUCAAGAACAUGUUCUCGGCUGGAACGUUUGCCUCUGUCUUUUGCAUGGAGGGAAAAGCAGUGCAAGCCCCAGUUUCACCCGCCCCAUUCCCUGACACAAAGCCUCAGAGUGCUUUUGGCUUAGCAGGUUGGCAAUUCUGACUGGGGCAAAGUUGAUCCAUGUGGAAAUCCACCCUCUUCUGACAAAGUUGCAUUCCAGAAAGUGAGGGAGUGGUUUUGUCAGGCGGUCAGGCGGGAGGGAGGUGGGGAGGGUCACCCCGAGACUUGGCCACUGCGCCUGGUUACUCUGUGUUCACCAGAAACCAGAAUGCAUCUAAAAACCUACCCAAACCACAAUUUUAUUGUUCAGAAGCCAGUGUUUCAAUGGGUAAAUACACGACCUGACUUUUUCUGCCUCCAGACAUGGUGAUUUCACCACUGGACACGGAGCGUUCCUGAAGGAAGAGCUCAGUGUUAGUGCUGUUGUGUGCAAGGGCCACCCGUGGGGCAGAGCCACAGCUGUGAACUGGAGCCAUGGUUGAGACGUUCGGCAGCGUGCCUCUCUCCGAAACAAUCGUCCUGGACUUGCUUUCCCUCUCUCUUCUCAAAACUGCUGCCUUGGGGAGGUAAAGAAUUACCAUGGCCAUAAAGCGUAAUGAAGAUCAGCUGUGGGAAGGGAAAGGCCUCGCUCGGAUGUCAGAGGGGUCUUAAACCACCAGCCCUGACCUUCAUUUUACCUGGGAAACACAGGCUCUCGCGGGGCAACAUUCCAGUGAAUGUGUGUUUGGGCUGGUUUUGUCUCAGUGGUGCUGAUGGGGGCUCCCGGAUGAUGAGCCCGGGAUGAGGAAUCACAUCUGCAUUCCAGAGACAUUUUUCUGCACUGAACUCAGCAGUGACAGUGCCCGGCUCUGUCGUCCCCCCGGCCCCCGCGCCGCCUGCCGGGGCUCGCCUCUGCGUUUGCAUCACUGCUCAGCCAAAUAACUCCACAUCUUCUGCAUUCUCAUAGCCCACUUGUCUGGAUUUGGGAGAAAAAAAUGAGAUAACAGCUCUUCAAGAGGAUUUUCGCUGCCACGGGAGCAGCUGAUGUUUGGAUGAGCUCUCAAUCAUUCAAAGGCCGAGCGUUACAAGAAAAAACAGACGUAUUAAAUCUUUGCAGUCAAAUAUAAACCCACAGCAUCACGGUGCCACAUCCUCCCUUGUGCUGCCUCCCUUUUUAACAUUUCACAGGGUAAUGUUUGGCUGGGGAGUCCCCACACCUCAAAAAACUGUAGUUUGAAAUCUAUUUCUAAACUUAUCUUUGUAAUGGACCCAAACUGCACCCUGAACUUUGAGGGAAUUCAGCUCCACGUUUCCAUCUGUAUUUCAUGGCUCAAUUCCAGCCAUCAUUUAAAACAAAGAUGCUCUACUGCUGUCAGCUGAAGCCAAGCACCGUGUUCCCCUGCCUUCUCAGAGGAGACACUGGAUUAGAGCAAAUAUUCAUCUCCAUCAUCUCAGAAUUAUGUUCUGAAUUCUUUUUAAGUAACUGUGAAACACUUCGAUGAAGAAGCGUAUUUUCUAAAUUCUACCUUAGGUUUUACAUGCACGGCAAGGACUGGCAGUGCUUAGCAGGUACCAUGGAAAGAACAGAUUGUCAGCAAAGCCUGGAGAGUUUUCCGUUCUGAAGAAACCUCUCACCGAGACAGCAGCUAUUUGUAAAACACACUUCUCGUGUGAUAAUCAGAAAAAUAUAAUCUGUCAUAAAAGUCACAACUCCUUCACAGUUUCCCCUCUCAGCUUCCCCUGUGAACAGCUGUCAAUAUGUGUAUGAAGCUCACUUCAAAAAAACCCCACCAAGAGAGGUUUGGUGUCUGAUGCAAAACAAACUGAUCUUUUAAAUGGAGCUUUUUCAGGUGGAAAACCCUUUGGAGUUAAUUGGAUGGGAGUAUUUAGGUUAUUUUUCAUCACUGCAACAUGUUGUUUUGCAACACAAAAUAUGUCCAUUUACAGUAAAUAGAGAGAUGUCUGCAAUAAAUUAACUUCAGAGCUUAGGAAACACAGAUGGUAUUUCUUGCACUUUCCCAAAGGGCUACAUUUGCUCUGGAAAAAGCAAAGAUUUUAGCUAUUCUGUUAUUUUUAGGAGUUUGUUCAUCCCCAUCAUUUCUACUUCAGUAAGAAGAGAUAAAAUCUGAUUUACAGUUUAUCUGCAAUCAAGCAAGGAGAUGAAACAAUGUACUUUGUCACUUGCAAUAUGUUGCUGCUGCCUCCAGCAUUUUAUUUUUAAAAAAGCACGUUUGUAAAAGAAAUCGUGAGGAUUAUGUGCUCUGAAAGGCAAGUCUUACCAUUCCGUGGACUCUGGAUGGCAAAAAAUAUGCCUCGGUGGUGUGACAUAAUAACGGACACCGUAACGGACAGCCUGGCGCUGGAGCCCCGUCCUCCCGGAGCCCCUUCUGCGGGGCAGCCCGUGCCGGCGCCUCGCCCGUGCGGCCGCCAGGGGGCGCGAUGCUCCCGCCGAGCUCCGGCCGGGCCCGGGGGGGAUCCCGCUGUGGGCGCUGCUGCUGCUCGGGCUCCUCCUUGGAAACCUCACCCCCCACCGGCAGGGUUCUCACAAGCAGCAGGGCCUUUACAGUAUCUCAUCUCUCCUCUCCUCUCCCUUCUU